AGAAUUUUCCAAAUAACCGUACUUUACGUAAAGUUGGAAAUAAUCGUAACAGAUCGGAACCGAUCCUGUGCAACUCAUCCGGUGCAGCCCUGUCUCGGGGCGUGACGGCAGCGCGGGAGAACCCGCGUCUCACCUGUGCGAUACGCGCUCUGGCCGCCAGGUGUCACUGUGGUCCCGCCGUCUGAGGGCCAGGUGCGGCGCGGCGUGUGUGCGUGUCAGUGUAUCGGUCACGCCGAGGGCAGCUGCAGCAGAGCUGGAAGGAAAGAGCGCUGGCCUGCGGGGAGAUGGGAACCAGGUGUGGACCGUGUCCUGCGUGCCUGUGGGGGCCGGGCGGGGUGACCGCGGCCAGGCAGCGCAGACUGGGAAGCUGGCGGGUCAUGGCGUUCGCGUGACCGCGUCCAUCCGUGGAAAAAAACCCUCCGGCCGCACCCUCCACACUCCCACAGAGCGCGGAGUGGGAGAGACCGGACACAGACUCGCCUCCUGCCGAGAGCCCAGCGUGCGCACGUGUUUCCGCCCUGCGCCCCGCGCCCCGCGCCCCUCGCCACGCGUGGGCAGCCCCCAGGUGGGCGAGGGGGUGUCCCGGUGCAGACUGGGUUAACAGGCGGAGGCUCAGAGCACAUCUGGCGCAGCUGGAGCCGGAGCCGGGGAGAGAGAGCGCGCGCGGAGCAGACACUCCGGCACGCAGAGGGGGGAGGGGGGGCGCGCGACCGACCGAGACUUCCCAGCGGCUCGAGCGCUGACCCACACGCAGCCCGAGCUCCCAGAACACCGCAGGGGCACGAGUUGGUGGGUGUGGCUUCAAGAACAUGUCUCCACCUCUAGUGAUGCUGUUAGCUGUUGCCGUGACACUCAUGACCCCAUUGGCUGGAGAGGAUAAUGAGCUGGAUUAUGGGUAUUGGAACUACAGAGAAGGAGCGGACAGAGUGAAUGUGAACACGGUCCGCAGUGUAACCCGGCUUCUGGAUCACUGGGGGAACCGGAUCUUCACUGAAGUCAAGAACCUCCUGCACAGCCAGCCCAAUUCAGUGCUGCCCGACUACUCCAGGGUGCGCCCUCUCUCCGAGAGUCUGAGCGACCUGUUCAGAGAGGUCACGCUGCUGCAGCGCCGCGUGGUGGAGCUCACGGACCGCCUGGCCAAGAUGGAGGCCAUCGCUCGGCGCCACGGGUACCGCGGGAGGCGAACCGGGGUCAGGGCGGGCCCCCCAGCCCCCGUCCCCCGACGUCCGCGCCCCCAGUCGGCCCGCAGAGGGGGCGCCUUCGCCUCGAUCCCCCGCAGAGUACCAGCCCGCCUGAAUCGGAAACAGGUGACUCACCACACAAGGGCCAGACCCCAGCGACUGCCGUGGAGAGCUUCAUCACAGCGUUUCAGAGAGCCGCUUCAUCCUCAUCACUGACCCACUGUCCACCUCUGCCUGGUCAGCAGCCCAACUGUCCCUCAAGCGCUUGACCCUGGUGUCCACUUACAGCACUAGAU